UUUGCUUCUCUAAUCCGGCGCCGCUGUUUCGGAGCUCCAGCGCUGCCGGGCGAGCUCGUGGCGGCGGCUGCCGGCGGGGCUGUGGCUGUGUGGUGCGACAGCGCUGGGUCGCUCCGCUGUGGAGGUCCGGGAGCGGCCGUGUGGCGGUGCUCUGCCUGCCCCCCGGCUGGCUCUUCCUCGGCCCUCCGUCGGUCCGACGCACUGUUGAGGUGCCCGAGGCAGCUCACGCCCUUCACCUAGGUGGAGUCGCCAGGGUGUGUGGUUGGACAGCAUCCGGGAAUACACGCUCAGCCACAAAGUCCUCUUGCGCCUUGUGGCCUUUCUUUUCCCUUUUGGAUCUGUGCUGAGUUUCAGUGAGUAGGAGCCUCAAGGCUUGGUGGCAAGACUGCCUCUCUGUCACAAGUGCCUGCACAGACAUCCUGGUGCGCAGCACCACUUGUGUCAGCAGCACUGUGAAACGCAUCUUGCACUUCUUCCUGACAGAACUCCUACUGUUAAGCAGGAACAGUAAUUGGAAGUAAACUUUACAGAGCCAUGCGUGUGCUUACCAUGGAUGCAUGCAUAGUGCAGUCAUGAGGCAGAGGAAAGGCUUCCUUCUGUAAGCUUAACGCUGACAAAAUGGAAUGUGAACGCACGCUGCAUAGGUAGGAAGGAAUAUAUUGCCAGAGAAAGGAAAAGGGUACAGAUACUGGAUGUAAGUGUUCUGUCUGGGGUUACUUGUGUGCUUUAUCAUUUGUAUCACAAUUUCUUAAGCCAGACCAUUGAUACUGCUGCACCUGUUGUAUUUGUACCAAUGUAUGAACUGUCUAUAAUGCGUUUGGAAAGGAGGCUGGAAGUUUCAGCAGAACUUUCAGUGAGCUUGAUGUGAAAUGAGAUUUUCUUGUGUGAGGAUCAAUGUGACUCAGACCCCUGAAAAGAUUCCAGACUGAGGUGACACUUGGAUGUUGUCAAGGUUUAACGUGGACCGGUGAUAAUGGGCACCAGUUUGUUUACUGUAUUCAGUACUACUGAGCCCUGUGGGCAUUACAGUUUCAGGAGAUCUUAGUGCUAGUGUAAUUUAUUAUCAGCCUAACAGACUGAACGUGAGUUCCCCAUUACUAUUUGUUGGCCUAAGUAAAAGCUGUGAGGCAAUGUUAUCUCUAUAUAUGGCAGUAAUGAGCCAUUACUGGACUAGUGUCCAGUUCUGAUGUCUGUGCAUGCAAAGAGUUGCUGACAAAUUGGAAAAGAUUCAGAAAAAAGCAGCAGAAUUAAUUAGACAUCUGGAAACUGCAUUGGCGGAGUGAGGUAAACUGAAUAGUUUGAGCUGCUUAUCAGGGAAUGUCAAGACGUUAUUGUAUCAGACUGUGACUAUCUAUGCAAGGAGAAGAAAGCCCACUAGCAGUCAUGUAAAGCAAGAUUCAGUGGAAUUUGAAGGUGGGUGUUCUUAUAUUGAAAGUAAGGCAUACUCUCUAUUUUACUAGUGUAACUGAGGAGCAUGUGAUUAAUUAUUUCUAUUCAGAACUUGAAAAAGGCUAAAAGCUGUAAUUAAAUAUUAGCUAGGAAAUGAAGGUUUUACAUGGAAGGUCAGAUUAGAGAUUUUAUUAAUAUCAUCUAAGGCCUUGCCCUUUGUGAAUGGCAUCACUAAGUCAUUUUGUUUCCUCAGGGGGGAAAAAAAAUAAAUUCUAGUCCAGACUGUGCUUGUAAAGUAUCUUUUAUUCCUCCUACAAACCUGAUUAAAUGCUGAGUGCUCUCUUGAAAAAAAUUUUAAAGUGGGCAUACUAAUGGUUAGGUUGACCUCAUUUACUGUUAAUAAUUGGGUCCGUUUCCAUUUGGCUAAGGAGUUUUCUGAUAUUCACUAUAAUGUUAGUAAAGAGGAUUUAUGUGAUGUUGAUUUUUCUCAAGUUGACACACAACUCUUUAAAUUUUACGAAUAGUCCACUGACUGCAGGGUGUUUUAUCUGUCUGAAUGAAUUGUAAAUUGCUCCCGGAAUUUCAGAAAGGCAAAUGUAUCUGGUACACGUGUAAGUGACUGCGUGUACUUGGAAAUCUGUUUUUGAACACCUUCUCAGGUGUUCUCUUUCAAUACUGCCUGCUUCUGUGGAGUUGGUUCUAUGUGCAAGUUCGUGGACGUGCUCAAGUGAGUUGGUUAGUACCAGCUGACACAAUGCAUGGUUGUGUGGACAACAGUCCAUGACACUGGACUGUUAGGUGACUGUAUAGACCUUCCAUUCAAUCCAUAUCAACAGCUAGAAUUGCUUUUCAGUAUUGUUGCAGAAGUGUUUGAAAUGAUGGUGGGCAUGAGUGGGAAGUUCAGUAUUCUGUCAGUCUCAUGACCUGCAAAAUGAAAAUAAGAACAUAUUCUACUACAUCCAAUUGUAGUUUUUAUAUACUAAGCAUUUUAGAUAACAGAUGUUGGAAAUCUUAGGAUGUAAAUGGUGAGGUUGUUUCUCUGAUGCUAGAAAUGUGCAGUUUUCCCAUUUUAGUGAAUGAAAAUUCUGCCUGCAUAAGCAGAACCAGGGCCCAAGUAAUAACAAAAUACAUGCUGCAGAAAGAUCGGAUAACUGCACUCUGGAUUCUUUCCCAGGUUCUUCCUUUGUCUCCCAGUGUUUUGAGUCUAGUUAUUUUCUGCUGAAAUCAAUUGGUAUGGUGCAUUGACUAUAUAGGUGGAACAAAUCUGAUCACAGUAUUGUAGCAAAAAGAAACUUUAAAAUUCCUUUUAUCUGUUCAACAUGAAGCAGAAUUGUGCGUCUUAAGCUGUGUUGAACUACUUGUUCGAGGUUAAUGGUAAUUCAUGUGGGGUUUUUUUUGUUGUUGUUUAAAAUUGUGACCUUGGAUCUUAAUGGCAGUAAUUGUUGGUUUAUUUUGCAUUAUACAUCACAGUAGCUUAAUGUUUUGCAGGGUUGAUCUAUUUUAGUAGAAAAAUUAAGUUGACUAAUUUUGUUUUGUUUUUCAGGAAAAGAAAUGGAGCAAGUUCAGUAGCUAUCCACUCUAACAUCUUAAUGAUAUCUUAAGGAAUCUUGCAGUGCUUAUUUUGAAUUGAGAAAAUGACUGCAGAUAUAGAAGAAAGUUGUUGGAAAAGAAUACCAGUCAAAAAGUGGAACAUCCAAUAGUAUAAAAUAAAUAUACAUGUUAUGGUGCAAUUCUGGAGUGGGGUUAACCCUAUAGCACACAGGUAGCCCUCCAAGGAGAGAGAGGAAAAAAAAAGCUUUCUGUUUUUCUAAAUUAUGGAAAUUUUUUGGAAGACGUGGACAUGGAUUCUGAGCCUAGUCAUGGUUUCAUCGGAAUUUCACAGUGACAGCAGGCUUUCAUACAGUUCUCAAGAGGAAUUCCUGUCUUACCUUGAACACUACCAGCUAACAAUCCCAAUAAGGGUUGAUCAAAAUGGAGCCUUCCUCAGCUUUACUGUGAAAAAUGUUAAACCCUCGAGAAGGAGGAGGAGCGCAGACCCUUACGAUCAAGAACUGGCAGCAUCUAAAUUAUUUUUUAAACUUUCUGCCUAUGGCAAGCACUUUCAUUUAAACCUGACUCUUAACACAGAUUUGGUGUCCAGACAUUUUACAGUGGAAUACUGGGGGAAAGAUGGUCCUCAGUGGAAGCAUGAUUUUUUAGACCACUGUCAUUACACGGGAUAUUUGCAAGACCAACACACUACAACUAAAGUGGCUGUAAGCAACUGCAAUGGUCUGCAUGGAGUUAUUGCUACAGAAGAUGAAGAGUAUUUCAUUGAGCCUUUAAAGAAUAUAACAGCUAAUUCAAGUAACUUCAGUUAUGAGAAUGGUCAUCCCCAUGUCAUAUACAAAAAGUCUACCAUGCACAAGCAACUUCGGUAUGAUCAUAGUCGCUGUGGAGUCUCAGAAGACCUCACAAGAAGCAGUAAACCUUGGUGGAUGAGUGAUGGAUCUGCUUUUCCAACUUCACUUCCUGUCAAUGACACAUUAAGUAGUCAUAGUCGACAGAAGAGAUCAGUAAGCCUUGAGCGGUUUGUGGAGACGCUGGUAGUAGCAGACAAAAUGAUGGUGGGAUAUCAUGGUCGCAAAGAUAUCGAGCACUACAUUUUGAGUGUAAUGAAUAUUGUUGCCAAACUUUAUCGUGAUUCCAGUCUAGGAAACGUAGUGAAUAUAAUAGUGACACGUUUAAUUGUCCUCACUGAAGAUCAGCCAAACUUGGAGAUAAACCACCAUGCAGACAAGUCCCUCGAUAGCUUCUGUAAGUGGCAGAAAUCCAUUCUCUCCCACCAAAGUGAUGGAAACACCAUUCCAGAAAAUGGGAUUGCCCACCAUGAUAAUGCGGUUCUUAUUACUAG